UGUCCACUCGGGUUCUUCGGCCAAUCAUGUCAGUAUUUAUGUCACUGCAAGGACAAUCUAUGUCAAAGAGAUGGGCGAUGCAAAAAAGGUUCCAGUUGUGAAGAUGGUUGGUUCGCACUGGGAUGUCAGUACAGUAAGCUGCUACUUUUUAAACAACUCAUCACACCUGGUUGUUCUGUACCUUUCGUGACAGCACAGUAGAUUGUUCUGUUUUUUUUUUUUUUUUUUUUUUUUUUUUUUUUUUAAAUUCAUAUUUGGCAUAUCAGUACAGUAGUUGUGGAUACCUGUCAGGUAGGUAAUGUUAUUUGUACUUUGUUUGAUUUAAGUGCAGAAUUUAAAAAAAAUCAAAAAAUUAUUUACAGUACAAUAGUUGUGGAUACCUGUCAGGUAGGUAAUGUUAUUUGUACUUUGUUUGAUUUAAGUGCAGAAUUUAAAAAAAAACAAAAAAUUAUUUAGGUAAUUUAAGUUUCUACCUUUUUAAAAAAAAAAACAUCAUUAAAGUAAGUUUUUACCCUUUCAAACAAAUCGAAAGAGAAAGUGGUAAAAGUGGAUCUGAAAAGAUUACAAAUUAAAUACGACAGACAUAUUUGUUAUUAAUUGAAAAGAAUUUUAAAUUAAUAAAAUUUGAAAUUUUGCAUACCUUAAUUUGCUCAAGUCCGUCUCUCCUCUAAAAGUUCAAAAUUAUUCAUCAGUGAUAAAAUAAUUGAAAAACAGAAGACAGUUUUCUUCUAGAUCAGUUGCUAGAUAUUUCAAAUAAAAUUCAAUUAAAACUUUAUUAAACUGUUAAAUUAUCACGAGCAGUUAAAUACAUAAACUCACACAAAGAAUGAUAUAAUUUCAUGAUUUAAAACACUAUCGGUUUGGUUUAAAAGGUGACCUGGCCCAGGGCAGUACCUCCAGUGACCCAUUUCUGACCGAUAACGACGACAGCACAUGUUACGUUCCCCCAGAGAAAGUCAUUCGUGCUAACCUAACUGAGCCGUUUGUCUAUACUUGGGUGCGGGUCGUCUUCAGU